AUGCCCGAGCGGGUCAAUAAUCUUGAACACCACCCUACUGGGUAUGAGCUGUGGGAAACAAAAGAAUCAACACCUCAAAGACCUCGGAUACUCAACCCUUCCAGCAAGAGGAUAUUCAGUUCAAUCACCGUCUCUGGCGUGCGGAGGGUAUACGGCCACCACGGAAACCAACACAAAGAACAAAAGCGAAACCAAUAUCCUCUCCCAUCCUCACAAAUACUUCGGCCACAAAUAUCGUCCAAAGGUAGUAGUAGCCAUACAAUACCACCACAGCACAGCCACGAUGUGAACAAUUGA